AUGAAACGACAGUCUUCAAUGAGUAACAAUAUUGAAUUAAAUCAUAAUCCAUGUGGUCAAUUAUGGGUAAAGAUUGAAAAUAAUAAUGAUAUUAAUAACCAAGCCUUUAAAAUACAAGUAAAUGAAAAUGAUACAGUCGAUGAUUUAAAGGAUAGAAUUCUUGAACGACUCAAUAAUACGAGAUGGAGAUCAAUGAAUGAUAAUGCAUCAAUUUCAUUAGGAAUAUAUACUAUUUCAACAUCACCAAUUGUUCAACCAACUCAUUUACAAAAUCAUUCAACAGAUGCAACUUCUUUAAAUUCUCCUGUUGAUAUCAUUCCCAAUUUAUUUCAAAAACAAUCUGUUAUUGCAUCUGCUGCAAGUGGUACAACAAGUGCUAUUAUGCCUCCAGAUUCUUCUAUUUUAACACCUCAACCAAAUAAUAUAUUAUCAAAAUUGUGUACAUCGAUGCCAAUGAAUAAUAAUAAUAACCAUAAUAACAAUAAUAAUGGUUAUUCUGGAACUAUUAUUAGUAUGAGCCCAAAGACUUUUAAUAAUUUUACUCACGAGGAAAAUCUUAAUUAUAUUGAGACAAGCCCGCAAAGAGCUUGUUCUACUAGUCCUAAAUUAAUAUCAGUUUCAAAAUCUGCAAUUGUUAGACCAAAUUCAGUAACUUUAUCACAAACAACAAAUAAUAAUGGUAAUACUAACGUUAAUCAUUUGAGUAAUUAUAUUUCAACAAAUAAUAGAGCAUAUGCUCAAGCAAGAUUAUCUCCUAAUGAUAUGACAUAUCAAUUAUCUCAAUUACAACAAAAGCAUGGGAUUAAUAUUGAGGGACUUCGUUAUACAACAGAACUUAUUAAUAGAACAAAUUCCACAUAUAGAGUGAUUUUCCAACCUGAUGAAUCAGCAAAUAAUAUUAUUCAUCAUUUAUUUAUCGAUAAACAAACUGCAUCUGAUCCAAUUUUUAUCUUCUCCAAUACAACUUUAUCUAUUGAACAUGGUAUUAAUUCAAUAUUUAAUACAACUUCAAAAAUUGAGAAACCACCAUUACCUUUAAAACCUAUUGACGUAACAAAUAAUUAUACACACUUAGAGAAAACGAAUAUCCCCAUUGAACCAGGCAAAUCAAUUGAUAAUGAACAUUUCGAUGACGAUGAUGAAUAUGAGAUUCAUACAUCUAGUCCCAAUGAGUUCAAGACAUAUAAACUAAUCACUAAUGAGAAACAAUUAAAAGAAGCAUCUGAUUUGUUAUCCAAUGAAGAUCACAUAGAAGGUGUGGAAACAUCUCCAAAGCAGGCUAUUUUAUUAUUACCAAAGGGAUAUGUUGGAGAUCAUCAUAGCGGCGUUGACUCACAUUCCUUGAAUGAAGAAUUGGAACGUAAUUUUGAAAAUCAAAAAAGUAUUCAAGAAGCAAUAUCAUCACAAUUAAAUACAACCAAAUCCCAUUCAAAUACCUCUUCCUCGGACAAUUUACCAAAAAGUCUUGAUGUUUCGUUACAAGAAAGUGAUACUUCAGCAUUUAUACAAGAACACCAUCACGUUCCUCUGAAUGAACAAGAGGUUGGAUUAAUUGAUCCAAUGAUCGAAAACGAGUGGCACAAGAAGCCAAACCAAGAUAAUAACAUACUGUCCCAACAACAACAACAACAACAACAACAGCAGCAGCAGCAGCAGCAGCAGCAGCAAAAACAAGUGAAAGUUAAUUCCCAAUCUCCGACUGAAGGAGAUAGCACUGCCAUAAAACCACACCCAAAAGCUUUACCAAAGGAUAGACCAAUUCCACAUCCAAUUCGAUCUCGCCCUAAAUCAGUUACCUCAUCGGCGGCUCAAAAAUCUACAAGUGAAAGAGUGUUUCCUAAGAUUAAUGUGCUAAUAGUCGAAGAUAAUGUUAUCAAUCAAGCUAUUCUUGGUUCUUUCCUAAGAAAACACAAAAUUUCUUACAAAGUUGCAAAAAACGGUAAAGAAGCAGUGGACAUUUGGAAAGAAGGUGGUUUACAUUUAAUUUUUAUGGAUUUACAGUUACCAGUGCUGUCUGGUAUCGAGGCUGCGAAACAAAUUAGAAAUUGCGAAAAGGAACAAAAAAAAAUAACUGGCCAGGGAAGUGGGUCUCCACCGGUAAUCAUUGUUGCGCUGACAGCAUCUAAUUCUAUUGAAGAUAAAAGGAAUGCUUUAAUAUCUGGUUGUAAUGACUACUUAACAAAACCAGUUAAUUUACAUUGGCUAAGUAAAAAGAUAACGGAGUGGGGUUGUAUGCAGGCAUUGAUUGAUUUUGACAGUUGGAAACAGGGACAGAGUAGGAUGACUGAUAGCUUUCAAAAUAAGACUCCCCAAAAAGUUAAAAUAGAUGUUGGUAGGUAA